AUGGGGAAAAAAUCAAAAAUUAAAGAUGUUGAUCGAUCUGAGCUUCAUAUUAUUCACUAUCUCAGUGAUCCUGAUUAUAAAUCAAGAAUGUUGACAUGUAACCAUCCACUUCCUCCGGAUCGGUACAACGAAAGGGUGGAGGAUCAUCUGCGAAUUACCGGGUUCUAUCAUGCAUCACAGAUUGGGAUAGUGCAGUGUCAGAAAGCAUUGGUAAAUGCUCUAAUUGAACGUUGGCACCCAGAGACACAUACGUUCCACCUUCCCAUUGGUGAAUGUGCUGUGACACUUGAAGAUGUAGCUAUGAUUCUUGGUCUUCCCACAGAUGGUCUUCCGGUCACAGGAAUGACAAUGAGCAGUUUUGAAGCGUUGGAGGCGGAGUGUUUGCUUCAAUUUGGAGUUGCACCGCGUAUGUCUGACUGUAGAUCUAGUUGCAUAAAACUUACCUGGCUGCGUGAUUUAAAAGAAAAUUUACAGUUGAUUGAUGAUAUCAGUAUACAGAGGUAUGUGAGGUGCCAUAUUAUGUUGUUGAUUGGGACGAUCUUGUUUGGGGAUAAGUCUGGGGCAGGAGUGCAUUGGAAAUUUCUACCCUUGCUACGUAAUUUUGGUAGUAUUGGUCAGUAUAGUUGGGGAGCGGCAUGCCUGGCACAUCUCUACAGGGCAUUAUGCCGGGCAUCCCGUUUUAACUGCAAGGAAAUAGAUGGUCCACUAACACUUCUACUCUGUUGGGCUUGGAUCAGGCUGCCAUACCUAUCGCCGCUACCUAGGGAACCUCGAAGUUUUCCACUAGCAAACAGGUGGCGGAACUGGGAGCGUGGUGACCGACGAUUUAGAUAUAUGAAGUUAGCUCACUUUAGGAAGUCAUUUGAUGAACUUCAGGAAGGGCAGUUUGUUUGGGUUGCUUAUGCUGUGGAUCGGGUGGAUCCGAACAUCAUUCCUCCUGAAAUUUACAUGCAGUCGGUGGUUUGGAGUGCUACAGUUCCGUUGGUAUCAUUUGAAUGUGUCGAGUGGCAUGCUACCGAUAGAUUUAGGCGACAGUUUGGUUUGGUUCAGGGACUACCUAGUCAGGAGCGGAAUCUAGAGAAGGUAUAA